CUCACGCUCACACCCUCUCACUCUCACACAAACCAGAGCGCUCUCACUCUCUCACCCUCAGUCUUACAUUUCCAUUUCCCACACUCACAAAACUCUCUCAUUUCUCUCUAUCUCUCACAAAACUCUCUCAUUUCCCACACACACACAGAACCCCGCCGGCGUCGACGAGCAGAGCCCAGCCCAGCCCAGCGACGACGCCGACGAGGCUGAGCCCAGCCAUCGGCUCCUCUCCUCAUCGAUCUCUCUCUCCCUCACUAGGAGAUCCUUUCUCCUUUUCUCCCUCUCUCUCAUUACCACCCCCAUACCCAUUCAUUUUUCCUCACCAUACCCAUACCCAUACCCAUUCCGAUUUUGGUUGGUAAGUUAUUUAUAUGAUUUUUUGUUUUGAUUAAUGUGAAAUUUUGGGUUUGGAUUUGGAUACUUAACAUCUAGGUUAUUUAUUUAAUUUUCAGUUUUGAUUUUUGUGAAAUUUGGGUUUGGAUUUUGUGGUAGAUACUUUAUUUAAUUUUUAUUUUAUGAUUUUUAUGAAAUUUGGGUUUGGAUUUGGUGAGUGCAGAUGACAUUCAACUCUCUUUGGCUGAAGUCAAACUUGCUUGGUUACCCAUUCCGAUUUUGCUUGAUGACAUUGUUGCUUGGAUAGUGCAUAUUGUUGCUGCCAUCCUUAAGAGUUUCCAAAUUUCUGCCUUCAGUAUGGCUGCUGCAAAUGCUGGACGCAUUGACUAUACACAGCCUGGACCCAUUGACGACUCGGUGUUGUCACAGCAGGCGACGCAUCGGUCCGAAGCUAUUUGGAAUGGGCGGGAUCCAGGGUCCAUUACCUGCCGUAGUCGUAGUUCAGAGUUCUCCAAGCAACCUCCAAUGGUGGACGACCGAGUGAGGAACAUCAUCACCACAGUUGGUUUGGAGGGACUCCUGUGGGUCCCGGGUAGAGAGAUUGACAAUGGCCUCAUAACGGCCUUAGUGGAGCGAUGGCGGCCCGAGACUCACACGUUUCACAUGCCACAUGGUGAGGUGACCAUCACAUUGCAGGAUGUGGAGGUUCUUCUCGGGCUUCCUGUUGAUGGUGAGGCUAUAACAGGGAGCACACAAAAAACUUGGGUGGAUGUGUGCCGGGACUUCCUUGGCUUUCGACCUGUAACUCAAAACAACCAUAAGCAACUUGAUGGGCAGAGGAUUCUCAUCAACCGCCUUUUGGAGGAAGUUGCUAACCCAUUGCCGCCUGAUGCUGAAGAGGAUCAGCUGCAUAAGUACGCACGAUGCUACAUCCUAGCGCUAUUGGGGGACACAAUAUUCAUGGACAAAUCCGGCGAUAGGGUGCAUCUAAUGUGGGUGCAGCAGUUGGAAGACCUUCACAACCCACGAAGGUACAGUUGGGGAAGUGCUUGCCUUGCAUGGUUGUAUCGAGAGCUAUGCAGGGCAAGCGAGGACACCAGUCAGAUUGGUGGGUGCUUGCUGUUGCUCCAGUACUGGGCAUGGGCCAGGUUCCCCUAUUUGUGCCCGACAGUUGAGCGAGGCCCGCCAGUGGGUGCUUACGGUCCUCCAGUACGUGGUCCACUAUCCCUGAAGUGGUUGUGGGUCCCAAACAAGAAAAAUAGGCCCGCCCACAUUUUCAGGGACAGGUAUCGCGAGCAACUAGCUUCCAUGUUGCCAGACCAGGUGGUGUGGCAGCCAUAUGAAGCUCAUUUUGACGACCUCCCGCCGUGGUGUGUUGCAGGGAGGGCCGUAUGGACGGCAACGGUGCCGCUUGUAUGUUUCCACCUAGUAGAGAAACAUACACCGGAUCGUGUUGUUCGUCAAUUCGGGAUGAUCUAA